UGUCUGCUGGAGGAGGCACUGCACCUUCUGAAGGUCACCUUGGUAUGGGAGGCCACUUGCUGGGUGGGAGUCCCAACUGCUGGAGACGGGGUUCCUGGGCAUAUUUUUGUGCCCUCUGUGGACGCUGUCAAGGCUGCCCAGGCACACGCCCCCAUCCCAAAUCGUCGUGUGGGGCUUCCGGUGGCUGAUCUUCCGGAUCAUGCUCGGAGCAGGCCUGAUCAAGAUCCGGGGAGACCAGUGCUGGCGCGACCUCAACUGCAUGGACUUCCACUAUGAGACCCAGCCGGUGCCCAACCCUCUGGCCUACUACCUGCACCACCUGCCCUGGUGGUUCCACCGCGCCGAGACGCUCAGCACCCACUUCCUGGAGCUCCUGGUGCCCUUCUUCCUCUUUCUCGGGCGGCAGAUGUGCGUGUUGCACGGAGCACUGCAAGUGCUAUUCCAGGUGGUCCUCAUUGCCAGCGGGAACCUGAGCUUCCUGAACUGGCUGACCAUUGUGCCCAGCCUCGCCUGCUUCGAUGAUGCCACCCUGGGCUUCCUUUUCCCCUCGGGGCCGGGUGGCCUGAAGGAUCGAGUCCUGAGGAUGCAGCGGGAGGACCCAGGUGCCCAGCCAGAGAAAAGAUACGGCUGCCUGGUGCGGCGCACAGUCAACCUGGCCCUGGGUGUCCUGGUCGCCUGGCUCAGCAUCCCUGUGGUUCUCAACCUACUGAGUGCCCGACAGGUCAUGAACACCUCCUUCAGCCCCCUCAGGAUCGUCAACACCUACGGUGCCUUCGGAAGCAUCACCAAGGAACGGACAGAGGUAGUCCUGCAGGGCACAGCUAGUGCCAACGUCAGCGCCCCCGGCGCCGUGUGGGAGGACUAUGAGUUCAAGUGCAAGCCAGGUGACCCCAAACGCCGGCCUUGCCUCACCUCCCCCUACCACUACCGCCUUGACUGGCUCAUGUGGUUCGCUGCCUUCCAGACCUACGAGCAGAACGAGUGGAUCCUCCACCUGGUGGGCAAGCUCCUGGCCAACGACCCCGAGGCCAGGUCCCUGCUGGCACUCAACCCCUUUGAGGGCCGGGCUCCCCCCAGGUGGGUCCGCGGAGAGCACUACAGGUACAAGUUCAGCCGCCCCGGGGGCAGACAUGCUGCAGAGGGCAAGUGGUGGGUCCGGAGGAGGAUUGGCCCCUACUUCCCACCGCUCAGCCACGAGGACCUCAGGGCCUACUUCAGGGCACGGGGGUGGCCCUCCCCGGAGCCCAGCUAUGCGAGUGCGGAGAAAUAAAGGUCUGGAUCCCAGCCCCCA